AUGAAUAAGAAAACGAUCCUUCUGAAUGCAAUUGGUUUUCCCCUACUGGUUGCUAUACUGAAAUCCAGUGAAACAAAAGGGGCUUGUGUCGAUUUGAGCAAAAGUGAAAAUCUAUAUUUAUUCACUGAUAAAGGAAAAGACACAGUACUUUGUACUAAUAGUAUUAAAAUAAAAUGUGUAAAUUAUAAUGGAUCAGAAGUUUACUCCAUCAUUGAUAAAAUUUGGAAGGUGAGGUCGAAUGGUAGAUCCAAUAUAUUUGAAGUUAAAGAUACUUUCAUUCAGAAAAAUUUGAAGAGGUGUUUUUCUCUAAGGAUGAGUCCUGAAAAUGUAGAUAUUCAUCAUCUUAGGAAUAAAAAGAGAAGGAUUAGAAUAAUGAAUGAAGAGCAUGAAAAAAUAAUGAAACAUAAUAUUGGUGUUCCAGAGCUUGCUAAUGUAGAUGGACAAUGGGGUAAACAGACAAAUGAAUAUUUCAAAUGUUUCUUAGACAAGGCAAGAGAAAAUUUGUAUGCAAAAGAAGAUGAAAUGUCAAGAUGGGUGGACGUUGAACAUAAGACAUGUUAUUGUAGUGAAGAAAAUUCUGAACCAUGUAACACUGGAGAUAUAAGUAAUUCUAAUUUUAUAAAACAAUUGAUGAGACAAGAAAUUUGUGAUGUAAAUGAUGGAAGAAAUAAAAAUGAUAUAUUUAUUGUUAUGCCAGAUUAUUCCAUAAUUACAUGUAACAAUUUUACAGGUCUUAGUAAACAAAUUAAUCAAACAAAGUUGUAUAAUUAUUGCAGGUAUGGUUUAAGUGCAUGGGAUAAUAGAGACUUUUACGAAUAUUUGAACUGUGAUAGUGUGAGUAGAAAAAGAGGGCAUGAAAAAGAUGAACUAGGAUUUGAAAAAAAAGAGGGGGAUUAUAUAUGCAUAGAAAAGUGCAAACGAAUUCGAGAACUAUGUAAUGGAGAAAACUCCAAAUUUUACAAUUUUGAAAUGUGUAAAUUAUAUUACAAAAUGAAUUCAUCUGGAAAUAAAAUUUAUAAUGAUGUGUUUAAGUAUUUCCAUGAAAAAUGCACCUAUUUUGACCCCACAAACAGAGGGUUACUCUUAUGUAAAGAGAAACGUGUACCUUGUGAAUUCAGCGAAUGGUCUACAUGGAGUGUAUGUACAAAAAGCUGCAAAGAAGAUAUAUAUGAUUCUAAUGCUAUUAGAAUUAGAAAAAGACAUCUUAUAAAAAAUGUUAAAUAUGUAGGAAAGUCAUGUAACAUUGUUGUAAAUAAUGAAAAUAAAUUAGUUGAUGUGAAUUUUUGCACAGAUAUAAUACCAUAUUGCAAAUCUGAUUCUGAUAACCAUCAGCAAGAGGGGGGAGAUGAGAAUUACAACUUGGAAAAAAAACUUAUUCCUCCAUUUAUAAUUCCAUUAACAGAAAUAGAAAAAGCAAACACGUUGAACGAAUUAAAUGAAAAAGAUAAUGAUGUUAUGAAUGACAAUUUAAUACACGAAGACUCCGAAGUAUUAACCAAAUGUGUAGUAACUGAUAUGCAUCAGUAUGAACAUUCUAGGGAAUAUAGUGAAAAAAUAAAAUCUUGUGCUUGUCCACCUUAUCAUUCACCUUGUUAUUUUAAAGAUAUAUAUGAAUCAAAUUAUUGGAGAAAGUCCUUUGAUUAUAAUUGUAAACAAAAUCCAAACUUAAUAGUACUUACUGCAGAUUUUGUAACUCUCAAUUGUAGCAAAUCUCUUUCCAUUAAAAGAAAAGAAAUAGCUAUCAACACAUAUCUUGCUAUGACUUUCGAUUGUCGCUCAGCUACUUUUAGAUAUCUCUUCUGUUCAAAAUCGAAUGAUUCAUCUAGAAAAAAUAUUUUUUACAUCAUUUUCACUUGUCUCCUUGCUUUUAUUUCUGCCUUAUACUUCAUACACAUAAUUCUUACUGAGCAUGACAAGUGGUCUAUCUUCAUAAAAGGAAUUGUUUCUCCCAAAUCUCAUGCUAGCAAGGAUAUACCAUCUUCCCCACCUCGCACUCCUUCUUCUCUUUCCUCCUCAUCUUAUGAGGGGGAUGUCACUCACAUGCCGAGCCAAGCGGGGCUCCUCGUUCCCACUGCAAAGUUAGACUAA